AUGCUCGCCAGCUCCAUCGACGCAGCGACUUUGCUGUCGGCGCUUGCCUCGUCGGCUUUGAUCUACACGAUCAGUCUGGUCAUCUACCGUCUCACCCUGCACCCGCUCGCCAAAUAUCCUGGGCCAUUCCUUGCGAAGAUAUGCGACUUAGAUAACUUCUACCAUGUCUGCCGCGGCGAUCGCCACACGAAUUUUUUCUAUUGCCACGAGAAGUACGGACCAGUAUACCGAUAUGGGCCAAAUCGUCUGUCGUUCAACACCGCAAAUGCGUUGCAUGAUAUCCAUGGGCAUAAAGCCAAUGUCCAGAAGGCGAGACUCUAUAGUGCAUUCGUGCGAGGGACGGCUGUAAGCACGUUAACGUGUGUUGAUAAGGUGCGGCAUGCGCAAAAGAGACGCGUUAUCAGCCACGCAUUCUCGGAAAGGGCGCUUAAGAGCAUGGAACAGUAUGUCCUUGAGCCCAUCCGGGAGUUCUGCACUAUCCUCCAGCAGAGCGGUGGGAAAGAGGCACUCAACAUGGAUGACUGGGAUACGUAUCUCUUGUUCGAUAUCAUGGGCGCUCUCGCAUUUGGCCGCUCUUUCAAACUGCUUACAUCGUCCGAGAACCGCUACGUGCCCGAGGUCAUGCACACUGGUACCAUCUUUGGAAAUAUCAACGGAAAUGCUCUCUGGGCUCAUUACACGGGCAUCUCCAAUCUUCUCAUGCCCCAAGGCAACGCUGACCGCAAAGCCUUUCGCGCGUACGCCCAAAAAGAGGCCAGAGAUCGCAUGGCACUCGGAGCCGAGGGGACCGACCGCAAGGACUUCUUCCAUUACUUGAUUGAAGCCAAAGACCCGCAGACGGGAGAGGGCUUCACGCUCUCUGAUCUGUGGAGCGAGGCCAACCUCAUUCUCACUGCCGGCAGCGACACGAGCAGUACCGUCAUGUCGGGGACCUUCUUCUACCUCACGCACAACCCGACGAUCCUCGCUACCGUGACCCGCGAAGUCCGGGAUGCGUUCGCGGGCGGCCAAGUAGAGGACAUCGUCUCGGGGUCCAAGCUAAACAGCUGUGUAUAUCUGCGGGCCUGUUUGGACGAGAGCAUGCGCAUCUCGCCACCGGUGCCUGGCCCGCUGCCGCGAGAAGUAUGCGCCGGGGGUGCCAUGAUCGACGGCAUCAUGGUCCCGGCAGGCAUCGAUGUCAGCGUCGGCACGUGGGCGAUCCACCACAACAAAGACUACUACCCGUCACCACACACGUACAACCCCUCGCGGUGGAUCGCGUCCGACUCGAUCCCCGCGUCGGCCGGCUACGCCGGAGUCGCGAGAGCGGACGUCGAGAAAGCGCAGCGGGCAUUCGCCGCCUUCAGCCUGGGACCGCGCGGCUGCAUCGGGAGGAACAUGGCGUACCUGGAGCUGACGCUGGCCAUGGCCCGGGUGCUGUUCUUGUUCGAUCUCGAACUGGCGAGCACCCUCGGCGAAGGCGGUCCCGGAGGGGAGUGGAUGACCUGGGACCAUUUCAAUGCUUAUAAAGAAGGGCCGGUGCUUCGCUUCCUGCCCCGGAAGGUGUAG